UUGAAAACGCGAAAAGUGUUGUAUUCAGGAUGGCAGAGAAACAGAAAUCAGAUUCCUUUCGGUUCUUUAUGAGUUCUGAUGACAUUGGUGAUAGCAGCGACAGCAGCAGCGACUCAGACGACGAUGGUCAAAAGUCGUCCAAAGCUAAAAAUUCAGGAGCUGCAGGGAGUGUUUCAUCACAGCACCAAGGAACCAAGCGAACUGCAGCUGGGGCAUCUUUACCCAAACCUGACCACCUAUUCAGUUCGAUCUCAAAGCCUGCUUUCUUGUACAACCCCUUAAAUAAACAAAUCGACUGGGAAAGUCGUACCGUGAAAGCUCCCGAAGAGCCGCCCAAGGAAUUCAAACCAUGGAAGAACAACGCCGUGCCACCUCCUCAACAGUAUGUCACUGAGGAGAAGAAGAAAGGUCCUCCUCCCGGCAUGGACAUGGCCAUAAAGUGGUCUAAUGUCUACGAGGAUAAUGGAGAUGAUGCACCCCAGCGUGCAGGUGGACCCGCACGCUUUUUACCAGAAGAAGAGGAACUGUCAGACUCGGAUGAGUCUUCAUCGCAGACGGCUGCAUCUACAAAGAAAAGGAAAGUGGAAGCCUUCCAGCAGAAAGAGAAGAGAAAAAGGGAUCUGGGACAGGCCUCCUCCGACAAAAACUUUGUGGAAGAGGAGAAGAGGAUCCUUCGGCAGAGCCAGAGAUAAAAGCUGUGUUAUCUUGCGUGGAGCCUGAGUGGCAGCGCUGGCCCAGGGCUGUUUCAUUUAUUCGGUGUUGGCCUGUGUGGACUUGUGUGGUGGACAUAUCUGGAUCUCUCGGGAAUACAGAGGGUUCCCCCCGUCUUGAGUUCUGCAUGAACUAAAUGAUGUCCUUUUAUUUUUUUACACAAGAGUUUAUGUAAAACAACCCUACUGGACUUGUUUGUGGGUCCCGAGAUACACAAGGGGCUCUAGGAGUAAUGUAGCCUGAUUGACCCCAGUAUCUGCAAUCUCUUACAUUACACUGUCUCUAUCACACACACACCACUUCAGCACAGAAACAGUCACCUCUGUCUCUGUGCAUGUGAAGUGUUUAG